GGGCGCGCGGCCGUCGAUGGUACUGAGUAGUGCACGUCACCUGUCUCUAUCAUGUAGCUGGAAACGCUAGCACGACUCAAAAUUCUUCAGCGAUUCGGCCUUUACGACCAACAUUGAGGUCGCACUCAAAGUUUCCUUCAGCCAAGGUGAAACAAAUUGUCAAAGAUGUUUGCUAAAACUAUGGAGCCCAACCGAGAGCCGCUGAGGGCAGAACUGACCGUGUAAAUUGAACCGCAUUAGCUAGCCAGCUAGCUGGGUUUACCUUCAUCUACGCUAGUCGAGUCGAGCUAAUAUCAUUCACGGCCAAAGUCUUUAGAUGUUAAGGGAGACUGUUUACGAUAAGGCAAACUCGACAGCAGCCUGGAACGUGGCGUCUUCUGGACGGGAUAUUUCGACCUGAGAAACACGGAGGCCUGAGCCAUGGGGGCAUUUUUGGACAAGCCCAAAACGGAGAAGCACAAUGCUCACGGAGAAGGAAACGGCCUGCGUUUUGGCCUGAGCAGUAUGCAGGGAUGGAGAGUUGAGAUGGAAGAUGCACACACUGCAGCUGUGGGCCUGCCGCACGGUCUGGACGACUGGUCCUUCUUUGCGGUCUACGACGGCCACGCAGGCUCCCGUGUCGCUAAUUACUGCUCCAAGCAUCUGUUGGAACACAUUGUUGCCGUGGGGUCGGCAGAUGAACUGCGGAGGGCCGGAGCUCCAGCGCCCGAGACGCCGGCCAUAGAUGCGGUGAAGAGAGGGAUCCAUGCCGGCUUCUUGAAGAUCGACGAGCACAUGCGCAGCUUCACAGACCUGCGGAAUGGGAUGGACCGAAGCGGCUCAACCACGGUCGGUGUACUGCUCUCUCCAGAACACCUGUAUUUCAUCAACUGUGGGGAUUCGCGUGCCCUUCUCUGUCGCAACGCUCACGUCUGCUUCUCUACACUGGACCAUAAACCCUGCGACCCAAGGGAGAAAGAACGCAUUCAAAAUGCAGGUGGCUCGGUGAUGAUCCAGAGGGUCAAUGGAUCGUUGGCUGUUUCUCGUGCACUUGGUGAUUAUGACUACAAGUGUGUAGAGGGCAAGGGCCCAACGGAGCAGCUUGUGUCGCCAGAGCCAGAAAUCUUCGAGAUCGCCCGGUCAGAUGCGGAGGAUGAGUUUGUGGUGCUGGCGUGUGAUGGUAUCUGGGAUGUGAUGAGCAACGAGGAGCUGUGUGCUUUUGUGCGUUCGAGGCUGGAGCUGACGAAUGACUUGGAGAGAGUUUGCAACCAGGUGGUAGAUACCUGUCUACACAAGGGAAGUCGAGAUAACAUGAGUAUUGUAUUAGUCUGUUUGCCAAAUGCACCCCAGGUGUCAGAGGAGGCGGUGAAGAAAGACGCUGAGUUGGACAAGUACAUUGAGUCACGCUUGGAAGAGCUCAUAGAGAAAGCAGGGGAAGGAGGCGUGCCGGAGCUAGCACAUGUCAUGAGCAGCCUUUCCCAAGAGAAUAUCACUAACCUCCCACCAGGGGGCGGACUUGCCAGCAAGCACAGUGUUAUUGAAGCAGCGUACAAGCGGUUGAUCCCCCAAAGAGAAGAGGACAGUAGUGCUGCUGACCUUGAGGACCCCUGUUAGUCGUCCCUGGUAGAACUCUUCUUCUCUACACAGACAUCAGUCAUGUUCCUUUUUCCCGAAAUCAAGAGAUUCAACGGACAGUCUUUCAAGAGUCACAACACAAUGGAAACCGUUCAACCAAAAGCAUUACAAACACUUUUUCUAAUAGAAGAGGGAAAGUUCCUGUUUGAAAAAUCUCAACUAAAUUACAAAAUACACAUAGAAUUAAAACUGUUUUCUUGCUUUAUUUGUGGUGGCUGUGGGUGUUCAUUUUGAAACUAAGGAUGUUUUUGUGGGUUGGACCCAUGAACGUGCUGUGGUGCCUUUUUCUGUUGGCUACAAAGAUGCCCUGAGCCCAGGAUACAAUGGAGAAACUCGGCUAUGCGAUACCACUGCAGCCCCUGGUACGGCUCACUGAGUUGAAGCGAGGAUGUAUUUGACUGAUGAAUGUGUGUGGAACAUGUUUUCAAGAAUCGCUUCAUUUACUACAUAACCUGUGUGGAAAGGUUUGAAGCUUGUUGGCUUUAUGCAGCUUCCUUCCUUCCCCUCUCAACGUGUGCUGAUUGACCUUUCGUUUCGCAGGUUAUCACUUCAUUGGUUGUCGAAAGCUUUUUAAUCCUGCUGUUUCAGAGAAUAUAGAAUAUAGAGAGAGAAAUAUAUAUAUAAAUUCAUAUAUAUUUUUUAUUUUUCCGAAGUUUGAUGUUCUUUGUGGCUUAACGUUUGAGAAGCAAUAGAGCUGUGUUGGUGGAGACUGACGUCAUGCAAAUUGUGUUUUUUGACAAAUUUGAGAUUUUAAAGUAAUGUACUUGUGUAUCCCAUGAACUGUGGGUGUUGACGGCUAAAAGGGAUUGUUACUGCCUACCAAAGCCACGCAGCUUUUCUCAGCUCCCCUCUGUGUUUAUAUAUCUAGGUCUUCUUUUCCUAUCUGGCCUCACUUACACAACGCAGAUGUGAACUUGCAGCAACCUGCCUUUGUUUUUCCUUUUUCUGGUUUUCCCAGAAUAUAUUGUAAAGUGGUGUUUUGGUAAUCUGAACAUGGAAAUACUAGCUUUAUGAUGAAUUCACAGAUUGUUUUCCGAUUCAUUAUACAAGUGUAAUGUUGGUUUUACUCAAGUAUAUUUUCCUGCAGUCAACGAUUGACAGUACUUAUUGGCCUCAAAACCUGAAAGGUGACAUUGAACAGAACAAUAAAGAUAAAGGAAAAGGAA